AUGAUAAAGGAGAUGAGAGGUUGUCAGCAUUCCCUGUUUUUGGCAUUUUCCAAAUUUGGGCUGCUGUACUCUGUGCGAGCACACCAGAAUGCUGCCGUGGCAGGGCCAGGGUACUAUGCCAUCAUCAAGUUUUACUCAGCUGGAGAUGCCAGCAGAGCCCAGCGUGCCUGCAACGGGCAAAAUUUGUUUCAGAAGUCUCCCUUGAAGGUUUGUAUUUGCAACAAGCAGAAAGGGUUUCAGCAACAACUCCCUGCUCUCAGCAGCAGCAAGUGCCAGGAAUUGGCCAACCACUACCUUGGCUUUAAUGGCUGGUCCAGUCGCAUCAUCACGUUGCAGAAUGUGUCUGGCUUGGACGGUGAGAAUGAGGAACUGGGAAAGACCAUACAGCAUCAGUCUGUGAAAUUCCUGUGUACUCUGGAAGUGACACUGCCCAACCACAGGAUCUGCACCAGGGGAGUUGCCCUGGGUGAGGCAGAUGUAGGAAAUGGUGAAGAUCCGCUGGAGUUCCUCACGGCCAUGAAGAGAGCUCAGAAACUCGCAGUUGGGAAAGCUCUGUCUGGGGCCUUUCAGAAGAUCCUCCUUGUGGUCUUGGAAAAUGGGAAAGUGGCUGUGGAGUACAAUUCCUCCCUGGAGGAGCCCACGGACUCCUUAGCAGAAGAGGAGCUGAAGGGGCUUGUUCAGGUCAAUGAAUUAUCCUUGGAACAGUUUGACCUCGAAGAAGAAGUUCUGUCUGACCUCAGUUUUGAUGACAUUCCGUGA